AUGCCAUUUCGCAUCGAGUAUAGUCCUUCAGCUCGCGCUGGAUGCAAAGGUCCAAAGCCUUGUGCUGGUACCAAGAUAGCAAAGGGAGAGUUGCGUCUUGGAAGUCUCGUCGAGAUUCAGGGAAACCAGUCUUUCCAAUGGCGACACUGGGGUUGCACUACCCCCAAGAUCAUUCGCAACAUCCAGGAGAAGGAGGGCAUCACCGAUCCUGCUGACCUUGACGGAUACGACGAGCUCCUCGACGAAGACAAGGCUCGAGUCGCUCGCGCUUUCAUCGACGGCCAUGUCGCAAGCGACGAUAUUCCAGAGUCCGCACGUAUUGACCCCAAGGAGGCAGACAAUGCGGACCAAGCCGCUGCUGCCGCAACCGUUCUCCCUCGUCCCUCGAAAGCCUCACUCCAAGCCUCUGCCGCUGGUGCACCACCUGCUACUCCUCCGAGUGUGCCUGCAUCCAGCGUUCCCAACGGCCUAGCUGCCCCAGAUGCUGCUGCCGGAUCGACACCCAAGAGGAAGCCUGGUCGGCCUCCCAAGGACGCUGCUGCUGCUGCUGCUCCCGCCGCCGUUCCUACUCCCUCGCCUCUUCCUCCUGCUCUGACUCCGCCCGUGCCUCAGCCCGCUGUCGCCGAUGUGUCUCCCACCAAGAAGAGAGGUCGUCCUGCCAAUUCGCAGGCUGCCACGCCACCUCCACCUCCGCAGCCAGCAGCUCAGGCCCCCCUCGUACCUGUAGACACUCCUCAGCCUGUGCAGAAAAAGCGAGGACGACCUCCCAAGUCCGCUGUUCCUGCAGCCCCUGCCCUCGCGCCCGUCGCUCUCCCCGCAUCCGUUGCUCCUCAAGAACACAGUCCUCCUCCUGCCAAGAAGCGGGGUCGUCCCAGUAAAGCAUCUCUCGUUGCUGCAGCAGCUGAAGCCGCCACCGCCUUCCCAGCUCCAUCGCAGAUGCCCGUUGCAGGACAGGGUUUGCCUUUUGCCAUCUUCGGAGACGCACCUUCACCUCAGCCCAAGAAGCGCGGUCGUCCGAAGAAGGAAGCUGCUGCUGCUGUUCAGCCAAGUCCCAGCGCUCAACACCCUAUUCCUGGAUCGCAGCCAGCAUACAUCUCACCCGUGGCUCCUGUUGAUCCUAGCCCAGCUGCAGCUGCAGGCGCUCCUCCGGCUAAGAAGCGUGGCCGACCGAAGAAAGAGGUCGACCCUGUCGCUGCCAAUGCGGCCAGUGCAGCCAGUCUUAACCGAGUGACGACACCUCCUCUUCCACGUGCUACCAUUCCUCCUCAGCCUGCGGUUCAGACUUCUCCUUCGGCUCCGCCUAGCUCAGGCAAGAAGCGUGGCCGUCCUCCCAAGGAAAAGACUGAGGGUGAAGAGGCGGCCAAGCGUCCCCGAGGACGACCGAAGAAGGCUGAUGCCGCCGCCGCUGCCGCACCCGCUCCUGUCCCGCAGCCUGUUGCGCCUCUCGCUCCGGUCCCUCAGGCAGCUGCUCCGGCUGCUUCGGUUUCUCCGGCAAAGAAGCCUACCGGUAGGCCGAAGAAGAACCCUCAGGACUGA